AUGUUGCAGCUUGUUUUCCGAACUGUUGGUUAUUCAGGAGCAGAUAUUAGAAAUCUUGUGAAUGAAGCAGGAAUAAUGUCUGUGAGGAAAGGACAUUCUAAGAUCUAUCAGCAAGAUAUCAUUGAUGUGUUAGACAAACAAUUACUUGAGGGUAUGGGUGUACUCUUGACAGAGGAAGAGCAACAGAAAAGUGAACAAAGUGUAUCUUUUGAAAGGAAGAGACUACUGGCGGUACAUGAAGCUGGUCAUAUAUUGCUGGCACACUUGUUUCCUCGAUUUGAUUGGCAUGCAUUUUCUCAGCUCCUGCCUGGUGGUAAGGAAACUGCAUUAUCUGUUUUUUAUCCUAGAGAAGAUAUGAUAGACCAAGGUUAUGCAACAUUUGGCUACAUGAAAAUGCAAAUGGUUGUAGCUCAUGGUGGGCGUUGUGCUGAACGUGUUGUUUUUGGUGAAGAUGUUACUGAUGGAGGAAGUGAUGAUUUGAAAAAAAUUACAAAGAAGCUGGACUAG